CGAGAGCUCAGAGCGCACACGUCGCCCUCUCCACUGUAUCUCACCACUGCGGUAGGAUCGGGGCGGCAGGCAGGCAGCUGGUAACUUAUAACGCAGCUCACUCGUUCCUGCUCUGCUCAAUCCCAGAGACGACUUUAUCACUUAGGAGAUACUUUCCCCUGUAAGGACACCCUACAACAGCCUCUCCCAGGUUUUCUCCUGUAGCCUGGUGAGAGCGGUGGAAGGAGAAGUUUUUUUGAUGGUGUGAUCUGUGUAUGUUUUUAACCACAUCACCAUAACCUUGGAAGACACACCUGAUCGCAGAGCAAGGAUGGGACCGCUACUCCCUUUCAUCGUGUUGUGUUUGAGCGCCGCUGUCCCACACAGUGUGAAAGGAGCAGAUGGUGAGGAUCCAACUUCUCCAGGCCCCUGUCAUCCGAACCCUUGCCACAACAGAGGAACGUGUGAGAUCAGUGAGACGUACAGAGGCGAUACCUUCAUUGGUUAUGUGUGCAAGUGUCCUCCAGGCUUUAGUGGAGUUCACUGCCAGCACAAUAUUAAUGAAUGUGGAAGAGACCCUUGUAAGAAUGGAGGAGUUUGCACUGAUCAGGUUGCUAACUAUUCUUGUGAAUGCCCAGGGGAGUACAUGGGGAGGAACUGCCAAUACAAAUGCUCCGGACCACUGGGCAUGGAGGGUGGUAUAAUCUCCAACCAACAGAUAACAGCCUCCUCCACCCACCGUGCUCUCUUUGGCUUGCAGAAAUGGUACCCAUACUUUGCACGCCUCAACAAGAAGGGUCUGGUCAACGCCUGGACGGCUGCCGAGAAUGACAGAUGGCCAUGGAUCCAGAUAAACCUUCAAAGGAGAAUGAGGGUAACAGGACUGAUUACCCAAGGCGCCAAACGAAUCGGCAGUCCAGAGUAUGUCAAGUCAUACAAAGUAGCAUACAGUGAUGAUGGCAAAACCUGGAGAACAUACAAAGUCAAGGGCAAAGAUGAGGAUAUGAUUUUCAGAGGAAACGUCGAUAACAAUGCUCCAUCAGCCAACUCUUUCACACCUCCCAUUGAAGCCCAAUAUGUACGUGUUUACCCUCAAGUUUGCAGGAGGCACUGCACCUUACGUAUGGAGCUACUUGGCUGUGAGCUGACAGGUUGUUCUGAACCGCUUGGGAUGAAGUCAGGCCAUGUUCAGGAUUAUCAGGUCACGGCUUCCAGCAUUUUCCGAACACUCAACAUGGACAUGUUCACUUGGGAGCCUGGAAAAGCUCGUUUGGACAAACAGGGAAAGGUUAAUGCCUGGACAGCUGGACACAGUGACCAGUCGCAGUGGCUACAGGUGGAUCUGCUUGUGCCUACCAAGGUUACAGGGAUCAUCACACAGGGAGCUAAAGACUUUGGCCACGUCCAGUUUGUUGGCUCAUACAAAGUAGCUUACAGUAACGAUGGAGAGCGGUGGAAUGUGUAUCAAGAUCAGAAACAGGGAAAAGACAAGGUAUUCCAGGGGAACUUUGACAAUGACACACACAGAAAGAACGUGAUAGAUCCCCCAAUCUAUGCUCGGUUCAUUCGGAUCCUUCCCUGGUCCUGGUACGGCAGGAUCACUUUGCGUGUAGAAAUACUGGGCUGCACAGAGCAAGAGUGAUGUCUCUCUCCUCUCCAUCUUUCUGUCCAUAAUUCCCAGCUCCUUUGGAAAACCGGAGGAAUGAACUGCUCAACAUGUAAAAAGAAAUUGAUUUCCUUUUUUUCCUCAAGAAAUAAGUAUUGAAUAAAUGGUAGUGGGGUCUUGUUAGUUCUUUUGUAUAAUGAUUUUAAAACUGCCCCUGUUUCACUUUUGUCUUUCAGUUUCCUACUCAGUUUCCUACUUCUUUGUCUUUUUAUGCCUCUUAGAAAUGCCAUCCUGUUUGAAAUAAACUUCUGUAACAUAUUGGUGGGGGGUUAGUGUCAGAAAAGGGAUUUCACUGUGGUUUUACUGUGGAAGCUACUGUACAGUGUCACUUUUUAAUCAAGAUGUUAAAUUUGUCUGUUGUGCAUCAUAGAUCAUUAUUAACCAUCUUGUAUUAUGAAUAAACUGUCUAAGGUAUCAUGUAAAAAUAAAAUAUAAUGAAACAUGUUUUUAAUUUCUAAACUGUAGCUCACUCAAGCCAUGAUUUUCCCCAAAGGAACACAUCAGUCACAGAACUAAUACUCUUGUAAUAUAUGUAAAAGAUUAAGAACCUGCAUGGUGCGUGAAUUAUCAAUGUAUAUUUAGACAAAUUAUGGAAAACCUCCGACCCACAGAGCAAAUAGCUUUUAAUUAGGGACCUAUUUUUAUGUGCAUUUUUAGAUAGCUCUGAAAACAUUACUUUAAACGUUGAUAUACGAAUGCUUUAUGAGACAAUAAGCAAACAAAACAGUCAGAUUGUUUUACUGCUUUACGGAAACAUACAGCUGUUAUUUAUUAAAUCUGAUUUGUUGCCCCCUUUUUCUGAUUGUAGCUGGUCUCUUUCUAAAAUCUUAGAUGUUUUGCUUUUUUUUUUAAUAUCACUUUUUUUUUGGAUUGUCAGUUGUCAUUGUUAUGAACUACGUUCUAGUUUCCUCAUGUUGUCUUGGAGAUCUAAGGUGAACUGAUUCAAAAGCUCAGGAUAGGAAUCAUUUGCUAUAAUCCCACAUGUAUACCUUAGUGUAAAAUGUUUGGCCAUCUAAGCUUAUGAUAAACUUACCAUCCACAGAAAAUUGCAGAUGAAUGAAAGAAGCCACUCAAGUCAUCAGCAUAAUGUACAUAUUUCAAAUAAUGUUUUGUUAUGUUGUUUAAUGAAGGUAUUAUUUACUAAUUUGAAAAAUGAAACAAAUGCAGGCUGUGUUACAAAAAUUGUUUAAUUUGCUCAGACAUGGAUUUUUUUAACAGGUAUUGCAGGAUACCUGAGUAUUACAAUUUUGUGUUGUAAACAGUACAUGUAUGUAACGUAAUACUUGGAGGUUCCUAAACUUCAAAGAGUAUUACACAGGAGUUACAAAUAUGUUGUAGUACCAGUCUUUUCAAAACCUUACAGUAUACUUCUUUCACACUAUUGCUAAUUUUCCUUGCAUUUCACCAGAGAUACGGUACUUUGAAUAAGCAGAGAUCCGGUGCUGUGGCAUAGUCUUAACUCCAAGUGAGAGAGCUGCCACUGAUUUCAAAGAAAAUUACCGGUAUGCCCCAUAAGAAUUACAAUAAUUUGCGACAGGGAAUUAGUAUUAAUUAUCAAUAAUUUGCUAUACUGUACAGACAUUCCUUCCUGUACUAAAGAAGAUCAGCAGACUACAGAGAGUAAGACUUUUUUAUUAGUUGGGCUAACAAAUACUGUUUGUGAAACAUUAACAUUUUACUCUACAAUGGGCAAGCAAUCAUUAGGUAUAAUUAAAAAGAUAGUUGUUACUGCAAAAUGCAACCUCUACUGACACACAUCACCUAGUAAAUAUUUGACCUUUCAUCCCAAUACACAUACACUAUAAACAAUGGCACUAACUGUACAAAACACAGAUAUUUCAUGGAUUGAACAAACUUGUUUGAGAAGGUGCUCUCCAUCUCUUUGCGGUUUGACCAGCAUAAAGAUUUUGAAAUGAGUGAUAAGUUAAGCAAACAUUGGGAUAUGUUACAGUCUCUGUUUGAAAGCAAGGUGUUGGAGUGUGCAACCCGUGAUUGAGGGCACAUAUACACACAUAUAUAUAUAUAUAUAUAUAUAUAUAUAUAUAUAUAUAUAUAUAUAUAUAUAUAUAUAUAUACACUUCAUUUUUUCUGUAUGUAGUUAAUGUGCUUUGGUUUUUACAGUUGAAAAAAAACCCUGUCCACCCUGUUUGAAGCCAAAAAUUGGCUUCAAACAUUUCUAAUUUAAGUUUGUUCUACAACAAUAAAGAGCUCACACAGAAAAAAACAAAAGUAAUUCUUUUUACCAUGCCAUUUCUUUUAAAGUAAAUGCAGCCUAGAAGUUUUUAUUUAUUUAUUUUUUUUUUAUUUAUGAUAAGCUGGAAAUUGGAACUGGCGAAGGCAUACACAGUAUAGAAGCACUUGUGUAUGUGGUAAACUAGUGCUCUUCAAUGGUCCAGAUAUAACAAUAAUUUCUCUUGUAAGUUCAACUAAAUGCCUCUGUUGUAGAUUACCAUUGUGUGAAAAUUGUCCUUGAUGUGUCUCGGUGUCUACCACUCUGUAGGUUUUUGGGCACAGAAUAAACAAAUCAACUGUAUCUCCCUAAUGUUUUUUUUUUUUUUUUUGUCUUCUAAGAUUGUGACCCUUAAAUGCUUUUUUGCCAAACCACUAUUGUGGCCAAGAUCUGCACAGAUGGAUCUUUGUAGUUGGCUCCUUUGGGCAUGUAUGACAGAGUAGAGCUGCUGCAAAAUUUUAAGGUAUUUUGCAUGAUGUACAAAUAAAACAGUACAGUAUAACAAAGAUGUCCACAUGGCACAUUUUCUUUCUUUAUGUAUAUCUGCAGUAUAAUUCCUUUUUCUCAACAUCUAAUGGCAGGUUAUCUUGAGAAUUGUAAAACUUCAUUAAAUAUUUCAAAAAGGGAAGCAAAGUGAAAAGCCAUGCUGUCUUUGUAUUUCUGACAUCUGUUCACAAAAUGUUUCUUUGUCUCCAUCUAAAACGGCAACAGUUUUAGAUGAAACACUGUUCGUUUUAAGCCUGCAUAGAUGAGAGGGAGACUCUGUACAGUAAAAAAAAAAAAAAAAUCUUGCUUCAAAGACACAAUCUUUGAGUUUGACAAAUAAAACAUAUGUGUGAAAAAA